AUGAAAUCGACAGUCGACAGCUGAUGGCUAAUUGUCAAUGUCAAUUAAUUUUUAUUUAAAGUUGCUGCUGCUGCGGUGUUUUGGAAUCGCUAUCGCAUAAUAUCAAUCACUACCUGCACACGAAAUAGCGUAAAAUGUUUGCCAGAAAAAUGAUAAAGUUUAUGAGCCCUCGUCAAUGUUUAAAUGCCACCAAGAUAAUCAAGCUCAGCUGCCCUGCUGUACAAAGCCAGCAGAAACGAUUAAAAAGUGAUUUAUAUGAACCAGAUUAUUUAAUAAGCAUGGAGCCUGAUGAACCUGUAUAUGACUGUCUAAACCUUCAGCUGAAAGGUUAUGACUUUGCUGUUUUGGAAGCCUGCCAGAGUCAGAUCCAUAAAUAUGCAGAGGUUAUGGGAAUACAAGUUGAUGAAAGUUGGGCCACACCAGCUCAACAGGUAAAAGUUCAAAGGUUUAAGCCUGGGGGCACUGCAAUUGAUGCUGAGUAUCACCUUAAUGUGUAUGAAAGGAAUGUGCAGGUGACUGAUGUGCCUGCGUGGGCUUUAGGCACGUUGUUACGGGUAGCCCGCGCUGUACUGCCCGAAGGCUGCACAUUGCGCGUCCACGAGCACGAUAUCGCGCACGAAGAGGUCCGAUACGUCCCCGACAACCAGCUGAUCGAACUCAAACAACAACUGCAAGACAUGGGCGGCAGUCGCGCAGAAAGAAAGAAGAAGAAAUAGAAUGUUACCUUUUAUUUAAUUAGUGCGUAUUUUUAGUAGUAAAUAGAAUAAAUAUGUUUUAUGUUACA